AUGCUGGUAGAGCAGGAACUAGUGACAUUUGAGGAUGUAGCUGUGGAUUUCACCCAGGAAGAGUGGCAAUACCUGAACCCUCCAGAGAGGACCCUGUAUAGAGAUGUGAUGCUUGAGACCUACAGCAACCUCAUUUCUGUAGUUAAGGUGACUUCCACAGGCUCUAAUGACCAAGGAGGUAUCUACCAGUUAUCAUCCUCAGAACAGCAUGUUACUAAACCAAAUCUCAUUAUCAAACUGGAGGUAGAAGAACCAGACCCCGAAGAUGGGGAAAUUCAAGUUCAGAGCUUCCCAGAAGUCUGCCAAGUUAAUGAACAGCUUGAGAAACAACAUUGGGAUAACCAAAAUAAGUAUUUGUUGAUGCAAGUUGGAUUCCCUGAUGACAAAAUAAUUACCAAGAGUGGCCAGAACUAUACUGAAUUUGGAAACACAUUCCAUCUGAGUACAAGCCUUGUUGUUCCAAUGCAAAGAUCCCAUAAAUUUGAAUCCUUUAGAAAUAAUAUGGUAGAUAAUUUAAAUUUACUUAGUAGAAGCUCUACAGAAAAUAAACAUGAUACUGAGUGUGCAAAAUUAUUCUUCCAUGCAGAAUAUGAAAAAACUAAUUUCAUAGUGAACUCCUGUGGAUAUAAAGAAUAUGAAAAAACCCUCACGAGAAAGAAAGGCCUUAGCCUUCAUCAGAGAAUUAAAAACGGAGAGAAGCCUUUUGAAUGCACUGCAUGUCAGAAAACCUUCAACAAAAAGUCACACCUCAUUGUACAUUGGAGAACUCACACAGGAGAGAAACCAUUUGAAUGCACUGAAUGUGAGAAAGCCUUUAGCCAAAAGUCUCAGCUCAUUAUACACUUCAGAACUCACACAGGAGAAAGACCCUUUGAAUGUCCAGAAUGUGGCAAAACCUUCAGAGAGAAGUCAACUGUCAUCAUACAUUACAGAACUCAUACAGGAGAGAAGCCUUAUGAAUGUAAUGAAUGCGGGAAAGCCUUUACUCAGAAAUCAAACCUCAUUGUCCAUCAAAAAACCCACACAGGAGAGAAAACCUAUGAGUGUACCAAGUGUGGGGAAUCUUUCCUACAGAAACUUGACCUAAUUAUACACCAUAGUAGUCACACAGGUAAAAAGCCUCAUGAAUGUAAUGAGUGUAAGAAAACAUUUGGUGAUAAGUCAACCCUCAUUACACAUCAGAGAACUCACACUGGAGAGAAACCUCAUAAGUGUACUGAAUGUGGGAAAUCUUUCAAUGAGAAGUCAACCCUCAUUGUGCACCAAAGAACUCACACUGGUGAAAAGCCCUAUGAGUGUAAUGUGUGUGGAAAAACUUUCACCCAAAAAUCAAAUUUGGGUGUUCAUCAAAGAACUCAUUCAGGAGAGAAACCGUUCGGAUGUAAUGAAUGUGAGAAAGCCUUCUCUCAGAAAUCUUACCUCAUGCUACAUCAGCGAGGGCACACUGGAGAGAAGCCCUAUGAAUGCAGUGAAUGUGAAAAGGCAUUUUCCCAGAAGUCCUAUCUCAUUAUACAUCAAAGAACUCAUACAGAAGAAAAACCCUAUACAUGUAAUGAGUGUGGAAAGGCCUUUCGAGAAAAGUCAAAGCUCAUUAUCCAUCAGAGGAUCCACACAGGAGAAAAACCGUAUGAAUGCCUCGUUUGCUGGAAAGCUUUCAGCCAGAAGUCACAGCUCAUCAUCCAUCAGAGAACACACACAGGAGAAAAGCCCUAUGAAUGCAUAGAAUGUGGCAAAGCUUUCAGGGAAAAAUCCACAUUCACUGUACAUCAGAGAACUCACACUGGAGAGAAGCCCUAUAAGUGUACAGAAUGUGGUAAAAACUUUACCCAGAAAUCCAACCUUAUUGUACAUCAGAGUACCCAUAUAGGAAAGAAAGCCCAUAGAAGAGGCCACACCCAUAAGUCAAAGCUCACUACACGAUAG